AUGAUUGGAAAUGAUCGUUCGUUUCACGAUCCACCAUUAAAAACGGUUCUUCGUCUAAGCGAAAGAGACCUUGAAAAUACAAUUUUGUAUGGUAAUAGUCUUGUUCUUCGAUCCAAUCAACCUUCAUCAAGAAGUUUCACAAGAUAUAAUUUUGAUCAUAUUUUUUCACCCGAUAUCACACAGCAACAAGUUUGCUCGUUAUGUUUGCCUGAUUUGCUUCAGACUUAUUUCACUGGAUCAGAUGUUUGCUUAUUAUAUUUUGGAGCCGCUUCUAAAGAAAAAGAAAAACUUCUUUAUUCGGAACCAACUGAAUCACAACCAUCAGGAUCUACUUAUCCUGGCAUAUUUUAUUCAACAAUUUUGCUAAUUUUUCGAUUAAUAGCAGAAUUUCGAUCACGUCGACGAGAUUUUCAUCAUUCAGUUCGCAUUUCUGCACUAUAUUAUUCACAAAAAAGCAAUCAUUUAAGCGAUCUUCUUGCUCCAUUCUUUAAUGAAGUAACGCCAGAUGUGCAAAUCUUAGAGGAUUCAGCACUUGGUAUAAAAAUUGAAAAUCAUAAUGAAGUACGUAUCGAUAACGCUGAACAAGCAAUACAUUACCUUAAUGAAAUUAUUCGUUUUCGACUUUCAGGUGACGAAGAACAACGCUACGGUCAUCUCUUCGUUAAUGUCAAUCUAUAUAGUAGAGCAGCUAUUAAUGCAAUGCAGUGGAGUGUCCGGUACAAGACGAAUACAUCACAAAUAAUUGGUGGACGAUCUAGGCUAUGCCUUAUUGAUUUAGGUCUAGGUGAAAGGAAUUCGAAAGGCGAUAUGCAAACACUUACCAUGCCUGUAAUUACCAACUUAUUAGUGGCUUUGUUCCAAGGCCAACGUUAUCUUCCAAACAGACAGAGCCCAUUAUGUAUGCUAUUAAAAGAAGCCCUUGGGCACGUUCAGUCCAAGCCAACAAUCUUAUUUACAACAUUUUCUGAUCGAACGUAUGAAAAUGAAAAUAUUAUUCAAAUGAUGACAAAGAUUCAACGAGCGGCUAAACCAAGGAAAACAAUUAAAAUGGGUAGCGAUUCAUCUUCAACGGGAUCAGCAAGGAGACGAAUGAUCGUCGAUGGUGAAGCAAAUUCGAGUUCCGAACAAUCAUGUGCUGAAACAGUGAUUUUUUUGGGACCGUCAGUGCAAAUUGAAUCAUCACAUGAAAAAAAAGAAAAGCUAAAAAAUUCAGUUGAUCAUGAAAAGCGUCAAAUGAUUAUGGAAUGGAUUGAUAAUAGUAGCAGGAAUCAACUAAAAAAUAAUCAAAUCAAAGUAAGUGUACAAGUUCAAUGUAAUGAAGAAGAAAUCGACUAUGAAACUUUGAAUCAUUACUCAUUUCAACGUGAAUUACCCGAUAUAUUGGAAGAUGAUGAAGAAUGUUCACCAGCUUCACAAGAAAAUGAACAAAUGCUAAAUCCAUUUAAUGAUAGUCAAACUGUAAAUGCCUCUCAUGGCCAUUUGAGUAUUCUAAGCCUUGAUAAGAUGUCCAAUUCUGCUUCUACUAAGAGUUUACCUGAAAACAUAAUAGAUGAUGAUUUGGAGCGGGCAAUGGCUGCUAGUGUUAGUUCGAUUCGUUCGCAUGAAAUCCUCUCUAAAUUCAUAGUGGAAUCUCCUCCAGAGGGGAAUUCAAAUUCGAGCGAUUCGUUGGAUAUUUAUAGGCGAGCUAGUCUACUCGAACAAUAUAGUGAAGCAAAAGUUCGUGAACUUAAUGAAACAGAAAAAAAGAAAAAGAAAAAGCUUCCUUCACUUAUUUGUUGCGAGAAUGCUAUGAGCCAAAAUUGUAUAAUUCAAGUUUAUGCUAGGAAUCGAACAGAAACUACACAUAAAACGAAAUUAUCGAAAAAGAUAAUAAGUAAUAAUAACUCAUUACCACGGAAUUCUUCAAGUCAAUAUCGGUUAGCUGAACUCGCUGAUCAAAAAGAUAUUCAAUACGAUAAUAAAAAUACAAAUCGAGAUAAUAAUGAUACGAAAAAAGAUAAAAAAAAUAAGAAAUUAAACGAUCGACGAAAUUCAUUGGAAUCUGGAAAAAUUCACGAGUUCAAAUCUUCAUCGUGCUUUAUGAAAAAGGAAACUCAACGAGAUAGUGGUGCAUAUUCCUCGGGCCAUGGGAGUGAUGAAAAUGGUUCGAUAUAUAUACGUCCACAAUUAAGGCUCUUCUCAACGUCAAGUAAUAGAAAUCGAAAUCGUGAAAGUUUUUCGGCGAGUAGCGGUUAUGAAAGUGCCUCUGGUGAUAGCAAAAAUAAUCAUGAAAUGAAACGACCGAAAGAAAUCGACGAGGAUAAAUCUAUUAUCGAACGUAGAAUUAAAUCGAUGAUUACGCGACAAAAACAACUUAAAGAUGAGUUGAGAGAUUCCAAAAAGCUUCUCGGUUUAGUUGAUGAACCAUUUAUCACCGCAACUACCUCUUCACUUCAAGGAAUCACUCUUCUUGAAGCAUUAACUCAGGAGACAAAGAUUCUCGAGAAAAGAUUAACAGCAUGUAGGAAUCAUGCAAUGAUUAUUACUUUCGUAUCGAAUGCUGUGUCAACACGGUAUCGAGUGCUUAAAAAGUUCAUGUUAUGCAUGGAAGAAUAUUACGUGGAAAAUGUGAAAUCUGUUCCAAACCAGCUUGACAUCUCUUAUGGAGAAAAGCCACUCCAAAAACUUGACAUUUGGGGAGAUGAAGAAAAAAGCGAUCAUGUGGUGGCACUUUUCCAUGGAGGAUACUGGCAAGAAGGUGAUCGAAAACUUUUCACAAGCCUUGUUAAACCUUUGACAGAAACAAAUAUUACAGUUGUUUGCGUUGGUUAUGAAAUGGCACAAAAGAAUAUUUCUUUAACGACUUUAAUUAAUCAGGCAGUUCAAGCUAUUCGGUCAAAAUUCUUCCAAUAA